ACGAUGCGAUGAAGCAAUAUAGAGAGCAUUACUGCCAGCAACUUUCCACAGUUGCCUUCGCCCAAGACGCGGAAAGACUCAUUGCUUAUUCUAGACUGUCGCGCGUAAUGGCAUCGCCCAGACAAGUGUCCUCUUAGCUCCAGUAUCAUUCCUCUAGCUGUCGCAAACACGACAUACUGGCUUCCCCCUGCCACGAUGGCCGCCUCCGUUCAAGACCAGCCUGCCGGACAGGUUGCACAAGCACUUGUCGCCUUUUCUCUCCAUGGAUCCUUCCCAAAUGAGGACGUGUCCUCUUUGCAAAUCCGUCCUGAGGAGCUCCCAUCGGCCAUCCAGGCUCUUGCCGAGACCAAAGCCAAGCUUGAGGCCGAAGUACACGGGAUAAACGAGGAAACUGCGAGCGACGUGAGCUCAUGGCGAACCGGCGCGAAGUCUGUUCAAGACGACAUCAUCCGAUCGAAAGCGCUGGCCAGCGAGAUCUUGAAACAGGCGGAUGCCCCAGAUGUACCGGGGAAGGCGACUGACGACAUCGAACGGAAGGCCGACUUCCUUAUCCGGGAACUGAAUUACAAUCAGCAGGUGCAGGACGCUCUGAGGGACAUUAAAGGGGUAAAUCAGACACUAGAUCAGGUUGAGCAAGCGUGCAGCGAGCGGCGCAUACUAGAUGCGCUACACUUGCUAGAAAAAUCAUGGGCCCAGCUGGAUGCCAUCCCUGUGACCAAGUCCUGCAGGGUCAUAAAACUCUUGGACAUACGCGCAUUUGAGCUCAAGUCAGAUGUGCACCAAGUAUUCGACCAUGUGUGGAAUACACUCAUCCACGUCGACCGCGAAAAGGGUCGCAUCUCCGUAUCCGGCUCUCGAGAAGAUGAGCCUAUGAGCCUCUCCGAUGCUGUCAUUGGCCUCAAGGCAUACAAAGAAGUCGACCAAAGAAUGAGCCAGCUUUGGCAUGAUGUCGAUCAGGCUAUUAUUGGCCCACGGAUGGACAUUACAAACGGACCCCCACCUGCCAUUCGGGUACAAGGUGACGUGCUCGAGACGAACGGUACAGCAGACAAGACCAUUCGAUCGCUUUUUAGGGAUGUGGAACAGAUCUUUCAGUAUCUUCUCCAAAGGUUGCCGCCAGAUAUGGUCGAGUCCAUAUCUUCCGUCAUGAUGCCGGCAGUCGUGUCAAAAAUUACGACUGUCUGGCUCGAUUCUGCGGUCCCGUAUUCACUUAAGGAUAUGGACGAGUUUCAGGAGGUCAUCACGGUGACUAAGGAGUUCUGCGCCUCGUUGAAGUCCCUGGGUCUCUCGGGCUUUGGCGAGCUACAAGAAUGGGUGGAUUCGGCUCCAAGAGUAUGGCUCAGUAAAUGCAGAGAGGCCGCCCUAGAUUCUGUUCGCUCCAAGCUAGCCGAAGGUCUUGGAGAGCCGAAGCAAGUUGAGAAGGUUGAGAGGCAGAUGGUCUCUUCGGUAGAAGGAAAACAACUCACCGCAACCGGCGCCAACGCAGAUGUUGAUGAUCAUGGUUGGGAUGCCGCGUGGUCUGACGACGAGGAGAACACGGCUGGAGCCUCCACAUUAGAUGCCCCUCCCGCAGCCGAAGAGCCAGCUGCCGAGGAUGACGGCACAGAUGCGUGGGGCUGGAAUGACGAUGACGCCGGCCCUGACGGAAAACCCGAGGAGACUAAAUCAGAGAAAAACGAGGAAGAGGACCCAUCAGAGGCCUGGGGCUGGGGAGAUGACGACCAAAGGGAGGCGCCAGAACCACACCCACCUCCACCGGCACCGAAAUCUCCCCACCAGGAGCCCCGAACCAGAGAGCUGGUCCUGAAGGAGUCGUACAAUAUCUCCUCUAUGCCUGAACCAGUCCUGUCCUUGAUAUUUGCUAUCAUUGAUGACGGCGCAGCUCUCACCCAGUCUAAUUACGAACAUAACCCCGUUGCGGCAGCUGCCACCGGGCUUUUCAGCCUCCCAACCUUGGCUCUAGCAAUGUUCAGAGCGGUCUCUCCGUAUUACUAUGCGCUGGAUAUGGGCGGCAACAUGUAUCUGUAUAACGAUGCCACCUACCUAUCGGAAAGGCUAGCGGACUUUGCGUCAGAUUGGAAGAGCCGCGAGGAUAUUAAUGCCAAGGCGAAGGCGAUGGUGCGGCUCGACAACGAUGUCAAGUCGCUACAGAAUUUUGCAAACCGCGCCUAUAGCAACGAGAUGAACACCCAGAAAAUGGUGCUCAGGGACCUACUAGGAGGCGAGCAGAACCUCAUGCAGCAAGACGAGGCCGAGAGCUGUGUCGAUUCCGCCGUGGCGAGGGUGCGGUCUAUGGCAGUAAUGUGGGAAAGCAUCUUGGCCCGGUCGGUGUGGUGUCAAGCCGUCGGCUCGCUAGUCGAUACAGUAUCGACUAAGAUCAUUGCCGAUGUCAUGGACCUCCCGUCAAUAGGCCAGGAUGAAGCCUACAAUAUUGCUAAGCUCAUCGUGACGGUGACCGAGCUGGAUGAUCUCUUCUUGCCCAGUCGUCUCCAAAACCGCGGUCAGGGGCCAGGAUCGGGAGGGGCCGGCGAGAUCCCUUCUACGGCGCAGCAUGCACCAUCCUGGCUAAGACUACAGUACUUGUCCGAGGUCCUGCAAUCGAACUUGCGGGAUGUGCGGUAUCUGUGGAUGGAAAGCGAGCUGAGUCUCUACUUCUCGGCGGAGGAGGUUGUAGACUUGAUCAAUCAGAGUUUCGAAGACAAUGCACGGACAAGGGAGGUCAUCAAGGAGGUUACUCAGAACCCUCGGCCGAGGCAGGAUGAGGACCAAGGUAGCUAGCUGGUAGUUGACCCGAUGGAAACAUGCAAAGCAAAUAAUCAGAUCCGCAUUAACCAGAAAACAAAUGGAGGCGCUCUAAGUCGAC